UUGCAUUGCAAUUACAUUCAAUGGUAACUGUUGUUGAUGAACGUCAAAGCGAUUGGGAAAAAGCACCAUUGAGCCAGAGGGAAUCUUCCGCAAGGGACGGCCGCCGUCGGCUUGGCACGACUGCGGCACCUAAGCUGUCGAUGCGAUUACCUACUUUCUUACUACUUAUCUUUGCAACCUUUCUAAUUGGAAGAAUGACAGUUCGGUGCAGUCGUUCAUGCUCGAAUGUAGAGGUCGUCAACGACACUGUACUCAAGGGGAAAUGCAAAGUUUGGAUACAACAUCGAUCACAUGCCGAAGCAAAGCGCUUAACGCUUGGUUGUGAGAAAACGUGGGCUACAGUCAAGCCUGUGAUUAAAGAAUCCUUGAAGAUGCCUCCCAUUGAAAAGGAUCAUUCUUCCGCUGCUAACUUAAUUCUACUGCAUCCUGCUCAUGGAAAAGUCGACCUUCACCUUCCGGUUGGUAGUCCGCGAUUUCAAUCUCAUAUCAAACAGCCUCUCUUUGCAUUUUUCGACGAUCCAGGUAAAACGCAAUGUCCCAUCUUAUCAGCGUUUUUGAAUUUUUUUGUUUGUUCAUUUCUCCCCUAUCUACAUCGAAAAACAGAGACUCGCAUCUUGCUGAAACAGCGCACGAGUAUUCCAGUCAAGCUAACGACGGAACUGUGCUUUCGACGAGACCAGAAAUCAGACGACCCAUAUGUGAUUUUGUAUCGCAUCCUCUCCAACCAGUUUACUAAGGAAGACGUCAAUUCUAUGCGACGUAGCCUUUGUCAAUCAAGUUUCGAGGUAUCGAGCUGGCAGGAAUCACCUAACAAUCAUGAUCGCCUCGCCUCCGCCUAUAGCUUUGUAUUCAAACGCCGAGGCUAAGUAAGGGAGGGGAGGGUGGUUUGAUUGUCUAUCCUUUUGAGCUGGCUCAUGUACAAUUGUAACACAUUAAAUUCGUACAACCUAUGGUAUACAGAACUCUUUCUUAACGUGAUGUUUCCCUUUUUUACAAAGAAAUGUGACGAAAUAAAUAUAAAAAAAAAAAAAGAAGAGGAAGAAGUCC